AUGAGUGAAAAAGUAAUUCAUAGUUUUGAAGGCACCUGUCCAUUAACACAUUACGGAAUCUAUGGAAUUAAAAAAGGUUUCAAUAUGCCAAAUUUUCCUUGUGUUGACAAAACAGAACAUAUAUCACUUAAAAAACAUCUUAUGUAUAAACACAAUCUAUCAAAUACUGCUGCAAAUAAAAUUGUACUUGACCGUAUGAAUACAAUAAAUGUUGAUCGAAAGAAAAAAUCUUCAUUAAUAUUUCAUAGUACACAAGAAUUAUUUUCACAUUCCGUUCAUUGGCAUAAAGGUCAAUGUCCAUUUUCUUAUGGUUUUAAUAAUGUUUAUAAUCUAACAUAUUUAAAUCAUAAUAUAAAAAAUUUUGAUUGUCGUCAUAGAAAACAUUGUUUACUAUUAUCACAUUUACGUGUAUCACAUAAUUUAAAUAUAAAAUCAGCAAAGAAAAUUGUCAAAGCAAUUAUGUCAUCAUCAAUUGAAUCGAAACAAAAAUCUUCAAUUGAAAAUGAUAUUAGAGAAAUAAUUUUAUUUCAAAAAGAUGAUAUUGUUUUAAAUACAAAUCCAAAUAUUUAUAAUGAUGAUCGAAGAUUUCGACAUUAUUGUCCAUUAACGAAAAGUGAAUUUAUUCAUGAACAACCAUUAUUUAAUAUACCUUGCACGAAAAUCAAUGAAAAAUUUCUUCUUUUUGCCCAUCUUCAACAUUACCAUCAAAUGAGUGGUGAAGUUGCUCUUCGUCUAAUACGUGCUAUUCGAACCGGUACGGAAUCAACAGUAAUCAAUGAUAUAUUUCAAAACAGUACAAAUCAACAGUCAACUACGUCAAUAAUACCGUCCAAUUCUUCAACUUUAAAGAAUACAACGAUAGCCGAUGAAAUUGAUAUUGUACCUUAUAAAUGUUUAUGUCCAUAUACAAAUAAUUUAAAUGAUGGAAAUACCAAUUUAUUAAAAACUCAUUUAAAAAAAUUUACAAAAUUUGUCAAAAACAUUCCGUGUGAUCGUCCAUGUGCAGUAAAUCUCUAUCGACAUCUUCGAAAUUAUCAUAAAGUUGAUUUACAACAUGCUAAAGAUAUAACACGUACAAUUAUGCUAGCAAAAACGAUAAAAACUGAUGAUUUAGUACAAGAAAAUAUUAAGAAAAGAAUAAAAUUUCCAGUAACAAAUGAUUAUAACACAACAAUCCCUUUAGGUAUUCAUAUGGAUUUACAUAGUACGAAAUUGGAAGAGAAAAAUGAAUCAAUUGAUUUUCUUAUUGGAAAUGAAAAUCCUGAUGAAUGGGAUGUAUCAAUGAUUAAUGAUGAAGAAUCACUUUUUCUUUCAUUUGAUGAAGAAGGAUUACAUGAUAAUAACAUUGAAAGAGACUUUUAA